UCGCGUUAUAUCUGGGGUAUUACUGCACAGCGCCAGAGACAACCGAUGAGCUAGCCUGCCCCGCUGAAUGUGGCCCGCUGAGUAACAUGGAUCCUCUGCGCAGGAGUCGCAGUCUGAGUGAUAGCCCCAAGCUGUCGUCUGAGCGCCGGCGCCUCCUAUCUCCAUCUCCUAACUAUGGUACCCGACUGUGUGAGUUUCCCAGCCCUGAGGAGGUACAGCUCCGCCGUCGGCUCAAGUACUUCUUCAUGAGUCCAUGUGAUAAGUUUCGUGCCAAGGGGAGAAAGCCUUACAAACUGGGCCUGCAGUUACUAAAGAUCAUGUUUGUCACUGUGCAGCUUAUCUUGUUUGGGCUCAGCAAUCAGAUGGUUGUACAGUUUAAGGAGGAGAAUACAGAGGCCUUUAAACACCUGUUCCUGAAGGAUUAUACUGAUGAUGCUGAAAAAACCUAUGCUGUAUACACUCAAGAGGAUGUCUAUGAACACCUUUACUAUGCUGUGGAGCAGUACUUCUCACUGUCCAAUCAGACGACUGCCCGAUAUGCGUAUACCCGACCUUUCAACCAGUCGGCUCUCUCCGUGUGCCAGCAAUAUUACCGUAAAGGCCACAUUGACCCCGCUAAUGACACAUUUAAUAUUGACCCCCAGGUCAUCACAAAUUGCCUGUUUUUGGAUCCUGCAGAGCCAAGCCAAAGCUACAAGAAUUUUACUAUUAAGUUUCACAAGCUGAUCAAUCUGACUGUACAGUUCCAGUUAAAGGCUAUUAAUAUACAAACAAUAAUUAAUAAUGAGAUUCCAGACUGCUACACCUUUACUAUCACGAUUUUAUUUGAUAACAAAGCACACAGUGGAAAAGUCAAGAUCCAGCUGGACAAUGAAGCAAAAAUCAAAGAAUGCAAAGAUCCAAGUGUAUAUGGCCGAGGUGAUAAUCACUCUCGCCUGGCCUUUGAUGUCUUAGUCAUUCUUUCCUGCAUUCUGUCUUUUAUCCUAUGCGCCCGAUCCAUUGUACGUGGAUUACUUCUACAGCAUGAAUUUGCUCAAUUUGUGCACUAUCGUCACGGCCUUACCAUUUCCCUGUCUGACCGUCUGGAGUUUGUGAAUGGCUGGUAUCUGCUGCUUAUCAUCAGUGAUGUCCUUACUGUGUCAGGAACAGUCAUGAAAAUCGGAAUUGAGUCUAAGACCUUUGCUAGCUAUGAUGUGUGCAGCAUCCUACUGGGGACAUCAACUCUUCUUGUGUGGGUUGGAGUUAUCAGAUACCUGAGCUUUUUCCAGAAAUACAAUAUCCUCAUAGUCACACUACGUGUCGCCCUUCCUAAUGUUAUCCGUUUCUGUUGCUGUGUGGCGGUGAUCUACUUGGGAUAUUGUUUCUGUGGUUGGAUUGUGCUGGGUCCCUAUCAUGUUAAGUUCCGCACACUCUCAAUGGUGUCCGAGUGCCUCUUCUCCCUUAUAAAUGGCGAUGACAUGUUUGUCACCUUUUCUGAAAUGCAAAAUAGCAGCUACUUGGUGUGGGCUUUCAGUCAACUCUACUUAUAUACCUUUAUCAGCCUUUUUAUAUACAUGGUGCUAAGUCUCUUCAUUGCCUUAAUCACUGGGGCCUAUGAAACUAUUAAGUGUCAGAAUUCAAGUGAUUUUAGUGGCAGCAAUGACAAUGCUCUUUAUCAAUACAUAGCAGAAUGCAAAGACAGCCCCAGCUCUGGGAAAUUCCGCUCUGCAAACAGCACAAGCUGCUCCAUGUUUUGCUGCUGUACUCAACCGACCCAUUGUGAUGAAGAUGUAGCAGUCAACUGAUGUCUACCAAUCUCACAUUCCUCUUGAAUGGGGUUUUGCUGGAUUCAGGGUAGUGGGUACUGGUGAUUUUAAUGCCAUUUUAAGAGUCCAGUGAAUACAUAUUCCGUUGCAUUUAAGAAUGGGUUUAAGGCGAGAUUGUAAUUGUUUGGCCCAAGAUUUUGAAGACUUUUUAGUCAGGGGGACUGGCUUACUACCUUUUUAAGAUAAUAUGCAAUUGUCAGGUACAAGCCAUUUAUUUAUAUCAAAGCAAUGUGUUCCCAUAGCUUCUUUAGCACAAUCAUAUGACCGUGGGCCAGUGAGAGACUUUCAGCCCACAAACCAACAGUCUCUUGUGGGGUUGCUGCUAAAUACAGGUAUCCAGUAUGUAUAGAUUUAAAAGUAUAUAUUUUAUGUAGGUUUUAAUUAUGGGGUGUACUUUUUAAUAAAAGGGGAGUGUAUGUAUGGUAGAGGAUGUGUGAAUGCCUAGUGUAAGAGGAGAGCAAAAACAGGAGUAAAAUAAAUGGAGAGUAUAGACAAGGGGUGCAUUUGACUGGUAUGGAUGGAUGAAACUUAAGUUAAUGUAGGAUGAAAGUGUGUAUCUGGGAGAGAGCUACUAACUGUACUGAGGAAAGCAAGCUCCCAGAUGCAGUACUAGUCACCAAGGUGAUGCCACGGUGCUACUGCCAAUUGCAAGUGACACUUUUCUGGGGUUUUUUUUGUUUUUUAAUUUUUCAUGUUGUUUUUUAAUUAUUGUCUUGUAUUGAAUUCAGAAUAAAGUGUCACGGACCAUUCCAUGGAU